AUGGCGGUGCCGAAACGUGUGCUAUUGCUUACUUCGGCGGCGUAUGCAGGUUUUCGGGCACGGUACAGCGUCGGAUUCACGCCGUUUGCAGCGCAGAGUUAUGUCAAGAAUACGCUUGGGGUUUACAUGGUUUUGUUCUUUGCGCAGCUUUUCUGGGGGGUGUUUGUGUAUCCGUUGUUUUUGACGCCGUUGAGGAAAUUGCCGACGCCUGAGGACGGGCACUUUCUGCUUGGACACUAUGCUAGAAUCUUCAAGGAGCCGUCGGGUGAGCCGCAAAGAGAUUGGAUUGACAGUGUGCCGAAUGAUGGUGUCAUCUACUAUCGGUUCUUGUUCAAUGACCCCAGGGUUUUGAUUACGACUCCAAAGGCGCUGGGUGAGGUCUUGGCGCAAAGAAGUUAUGAUUUUAUUAAGCCUACGAGGGUGAGGAUUGGGUUGGGCAGGGUGCUUGGUGUUGGGGUUUUGCUCGCAGAGGGUGAUGAGCACAAGCGCCAAAGGAAACUCCUCAUGCCUGCAUUCAACUUCCGCCACGUCAAGGACCUGUACCCGAUUUUCUGGGGCAAAUCCCAAGAGAUGGUAAACCAGAUCUCCGAGACAAUCAAGAACGAUCCCAGCGGGUCUUCAGUCGUUGAAAUCGGAUCCUGGGGUUCCCGUGCCACACUCGACAUCAUCGGCGUGGCUGGUUGUGGAAAGGACUUCGAUGCCCUUGUAAAUCCUGAAAACGAACUCUACGAGACAUACCGGCAAAUCUUCGCUAGCAGCCGUGGCGCGCAGCUUGUUCAGAUCAUCCUCGGCAUGAUUCCGUACAAGAUCGCCAUCAACUUACCACUCAAGCGAAACGACGAGAUUGGAAACGCGGUCCGCACUAUCAAAAGCGUAGCCAGAGAUCUUAUCCGCUCCAAGCGUGCCAAGUUAGAAAGCGGCGAAGCAAAGGGUCUGGAUAUUCUCAGUGUAGCCAUGGAGUCCGGCGGCUUCAGUGACGAAGAUCUGGUAAACCAACUCAUGACGUUCCUCGCCGCAGGCCACGAAACCACCGCCUCAGCACUAUCCUGGGCCGUCUACGUCCUCUGCAAAUACCCCGAUGUGCAGAAACGACUACGAAGCGAAAUACAUGAACAAAUACCCUCGGCACUGGAAGACGGCGGCCAAGUCUCGUCGACUGAGAUCGAUCAUCUACCGUAUCUGAACGCCGUGCUACAAGAAACUAUGCGUGUCUUCCCAUCCGUUCCACUUACCCUGCGCGAAGCAGAACGCGAUACAACGAUUCAAGGGCACUUUGUCCCCGCCGGCACUACCAUCGUCAUUUGCCCCUGGGCCGUCAACACAUCCACCCAGCUCUGGGGCCCAGACGCCCGCGAAUUCAAUCCUGAGCGCUGGAUGCAGCCUGGUACCGCCAACACGGGUGGCGCAGAGAGCAACUACGCCAUUACCACUUUCUUGCAUGGACCCAGAAGUUGCAUUGGUAAAGAUUUUGCCAAGGCAGAAUUCGCAUGCUUGGUUGCCGCUUUGGUGGGUAGGUUUGAGUUUGAGUUUGAGGACCCGGAUUAUAAGCUGGAUAUUCAGGGCGGAAUUACGUCGAAGCCCAAGGGUGGGCUGAGGAUUAGGUUGAGGGAUGUUAGGGCGUGA